AUGGUACAAUCGAGCCAUAUCGUCUCUCUUUUGGCACAUUUUCUACUCAUUCUCUUUGUCGUAUAUGUGGGCUGUGUUUCAAAUGAUGAAUCAGAAGAAAGACAUCUUUCCCCCUCCAUACAAUCUCCAAAAGAUGGUCAAAGUGAUGAUGAAACAGAUUUGAGAUAUACAACAAAGUAUUCGCGUGACAAUGUCAAACAAAUGCUUAGAGUUGAAAUACCUACAGCAAGUGAAAGGUUGAAAAGAGAUUCAGAAGGAAACAGACCUAUAGGUUUUAAUUCAAAAGAACAAAGGAUGUCAAGAGGAAUUGAUCGUUUGAUGGCUUCAGGUGAAUGUUCAACACGUAAAGAAGCAAUCGAAACACUUGAACGGCAAUUCAAAAAAGAAUCAAAACAAAAUGCAAGGAACAGUACCGAGAAAAGAAGAAAGAUCAACAACUACAUCGAUAAAAGAAAAAGACCUGGAAUCGGUUAUGGAGAAGCAUGGAUGACGAAAAGGAUGAAAUCUUUGCUGAAAAAAGAAGGAAACGAUAUCCAUACCCCCAAGGAAGCCUUAAAAAUGGCAUCGAAGCAGUGGGAAGAAAUCAAGAAGAAAAGUAGGGAUCGAAAACGCUUGAAACUCAGAAAAGCCAAAUUAGAAGCACCUUAAAAUCGCACCUUUUGCCUCUAUUCAACUGAAUAUAUUCCAG